AUGAAUCCUUAUAAUGGAGCAAGAGGAGUAGGAGGUGGGGCAGCGACACCACCACGAAAACGAGUCUUGACGAUUGAGGUUUUGGAUGAGAUGCGACAGCGUGCGAAGGUGAGCAAUGACCCAGCAGCACAACUUGAGUAUGCUAAAGCGUUAAUUGAGGCGGCGGUGACGUUUGGAAACGACGAUCCGGAUCCUAAACGACAGAAAAAGAAUAAGGAAGCUCUCUUCCUUGAGGGACUCAAGAUCAUUAAGCGGUUAGCGACGACAGGGAUGGGCAUUGGGAAACCAGCCUAUCCGGAUGCACAGUUCUUUUUAGCCAACUGCUAUGGAAAUGGAUCAUUGGGCCUACAGAUUGAUCAUGAUAAGGCCUUUAAUCUGUAUAUACAGGCCUCCAAACAGAACCAUCCCGCAGCAACGUAUCGAACAGCUGUAUGUUAUGAACUUGGUGCAGGCACCAAGAGAGAUUAUAGCCGAGCUUUACAAUUUUAUCGAAAGGCAGCCUCUUUGGGCGACACAGCAGCGAUGUACAAACUAGGCAUGAUUCAGUUGAAGGGUCUGUUAGGUCAACAUAGCAAUCCUCGUGAAGCGAUCACUUGGUUGAAACGAGCGGCUGCGAAUGCAGAUGAAGAGAAUCCACAUGCACUGCAUGAGCUAGGGUUAUGUUUUGAAAAAGCUGGAAUUCCGACUGUCAUCCCUGAUGAGGCAUAUGCACGCGAAUUAUUUACUCAGGCCGCAGGAUUAGGCUAUGCACCCAGUCAAUUCAAGUUGGGUCAUUGUUAUGAGUAUGGAACCUUGACCUGUCCUGUUGAUCCUCGAAGGAGUAUUGCAUGGUAUACCCGAGCCGCAGAGCAAGGGGAUGCAGAAUCCGAGCUGGGGUUGUCGGGUUGGUACUUGACAGGAGCAGAGGGGGUCCUGAAACAGAGUGAUACAGAGGCCUAUCUGUGGGCCCGAAAAGCAGCCGAUAAAGGCCUUGCAAGGGCAGAGUAUGCAGUUGGCUAUUACUCUGAGGUUGGAAUUGGCGUGAAGCAAGAUCUAGAGGAAGCACGACGCUGGUAUCUUCGUGCUGCAGCGCAGGGUAACAAUCGGGCCAAGAAGCGGUUGACAGACAUGAAGAAGCUGGGAGCUAUGCGACGGAUGCAUCAUAACCGACAACGUCAGGCAGGACAGCAUGGACCUGAAGACGAGAACUGCAAAGUCAUGUAG